AUGAGUCCACUUGAAAUCAUGCUAGGUAUUGUCUUCUGCUCUCAGACUGUCGUUGGGAUUGUGGGAAAUUCCUUCCUCGUGUUCCUCUUCACAUUCACGUUCCUUACUGAGCACAAACUGAGGCCCAUAGAUACAAUACUCACGCAGCUGGCUUGGGCCAAUUCCAUGCUGCUGCUCAUUAAGGGAGUCCCUCAGACAAUGGCAGCUUUGGGCCAGAAGAAUUUCCUGGACGACGUUGGCUGUAAAAUUAACUUCUAUCUUUACAGAGUGGCCCGUGCUCUUUCCCUCAACAUGACCUGCCUCCUGAGUGGCUUCCAGGCCAUCACUAUCAAUCCCAACACAGCCAGGUGGACCAGGCUUAAAACCAGGACCCCAAAGUACAUCGUCCACUGCAGUGUUCUAUGCUGGGUAUUCCAUCUGAUAAUAAAUAUCACUGUUCUUGUGAGAACUAAAGGAACAAGGAUCUCCAAAAAUAUCUCAAAUCUACUAGAUUAUGGGUAUUGCUAUAAUUUAGCGGUUUCUACAGAUAAGGCUGCACUGUUUGCAGUUGUGGACUCCUUCCCUGACGCUGCCUCUGUUGGCUUCAUCAUCUAUGCCAGUGGCUACAUGAUGUUGUUUCUGAAAACGCACCACAAAAGGGUCAAGCACAUCCAUGUGUCUAGGCUUUCUCCAAGAGUCUCCCCUGAGACCAGAGCCACUCAAUCCAUCCUACUGCUGGUGAAUACCUUUGUGUGCUUUUUCUCACUCAAUUCUAUUUUGGUAAUGUAUAUGCAAUUUAAAAGCCCAAGACCUUGGCUGUUACAUAGCUCAAACUUCCUGGCUGCCUGUUUCCCAAUUAUAAGUCCAUUCGUGCUGAUCAGCACUGACUCUCAAGUUCUGAAGUACUGCUAUGCUCUCUGGGGAACCUCACAACUUUUGCCUUUCUUGGCAUCUCCAGUGCUCAGCAAAGAACCCAGCCCAUCAUAA